GGGUUUUAUUUCGUACCGCAUUAAACCAGAGCAGAGCGAGCUCCUGCUCCGGGCGGCCGCGCCUCCCCGCGGGGCGGGCUGCGGGGCGGGGCCCCUUGAGGCGCGGGGCAUGUCGGGACAUGUAGUCCUGGGGCGGCAGCCAAUGGCAGUGUCGGGGUGCGCGCUGCCUGCCGGGAAGCGGCGUCGGGGCGCGGGGGCUGCCGGGAAGCGCAGUCCGCGGCCGGGCGGUGCGCGGGGCCCCGGUGCCGGCGCCCGUCGCGGGCCCCAUGGCGGCGCCGCGGCGGCGGCUGCUGCCGCUGCUGCUGCCGCUGGCCUGGGCCGCGGGCUGCGCCGCCGCGCCGGACGGCGGCUGGGCGGCGGGCGCGCUGCCGGAGGAGGAGCGGUGCACCGUGGAGCGGGCAGACGCCUCCCUCACCUACUCCGGCUUCCUGCAGCGGUCUUCCAGGCGCUGUGCGCCAAGGACAAGCUGCUGGCCGCCUUCGGGGACCACCUGGUGCGCCUCAGCACCGCCAACACCUACUCCUACCGCAAAGUGGACGUGCCCUUCCAGGAGUAUGUGGAGCAUCUGCUGAAGCCCCAGGACCCGGCCACGCUGGGCAGCGAUACCCUCUAUUUUUUUGGUGACAACAACUUCACCGAGUGGGGCCCGCUCUUCCAGAAGUAUGUGCCUCCUCCCUUCCACAUCCCAGGCACCAGAGGUGCCUACAGCUUUGGGAUCGCAGGCUCCGGCUCGGGUGUUCCCUUUCACUGGCACGGCCCCGGUUACUCGGAGGUGAUCUUCGGCAGGAAGCGCUGGUUUCUGUACCCGCCGGAUAAAACUCCCCACUUCCACCCCAACGAGACGACGCUGGCCUGGCUCCAUCACACGUACCCCACCCUGCUGCCGGGGGAGCGGCCGCUGGAGUGCACCAUCCACCCCGGGGAGGUCCUGUAUUUCCCAGACCGCUGGUGGCACGCCACGCUCAACCUGGACACGAGCGUCUUCAUCUCCACCUUUCUGGGGUAGAGCCAGAAGCGCGGCCUGCCCUGCCGGGACGCUCUGCCAAGCACCACCUCCUGCAGCCGGGCCCAGCCCUGUGCCUGAGGACGCGCUGCCCUCGUCCCUGCCACGUCCUGCGGGCGGUGAGUGCGACUGUGACGUGGGCUCUGUACCAGAGCAACCAUCAGCUGUGUGGAGGCGACUCGGCAGCUCCGGCUCCUGCAGCUGUGUGGGAAGCGCAGGGCCAGCAACCUCCUCCUUAAAUACUGGUGUAGGGACCAAGUACCUGAAGAAGUUCUGGUAUUUACUGUUCUCCUUCCUCCCCCUUGGAUUAAAAUUUAUGUUCUGUCAUA